GCAGAAACAAAGACAUGGAAUAGGAGGAGAGAUUCACAGGAGAGUGAAAACCAAAAUCUCUCUCCUUUUCUAUCUGUCAUCGUCCUCUUCAAUCCUUCUAGCUAUCUCUUCCAUAUCUCCAAAAUAUCAUCACUCCUGGAAUUAGAGGUUUGAUGGCAGAUGCGAACCGAGUUCGUGCCCAUUCGUCGCCAGAUUUACUUCCUCCUUCGGUUGGUAAUGUCGAAAGGCGAGAAGAUUACAUGCUAGAAGGUGUUGCCACAAAUAUAAUGCUGCUGCUAAAAUUAGUCCAAGAUCACAAUGAAGCGUGCGGCAAAAAUGGCGAUGACCGCAAGAAGCAAAGAUUAGCUGGGAUAAUGACCAUCCUCGACGAUGUCAAGACUCGAGUCCAAAAGUCUCAAUGUGGCGACAAUAAGAGGGAAGCAGAGCUAAGGCGAUGCUACACGGAACUUAGGCCUAGAAAUGGAAAGAGGGACAAGAAGCCCGAGGAGAUUGUUGUCGAUGAGAAGGAAAAGCUAAGGAAAGCGCUAAACGCGAGUUUGGCAGCUCGAAAGAGCCUCGAGAUGAUGUGCUCUAGCCUAGGAAAAGAAAAGGAGAUAAUGGCGGCAGAGCUGACAAAAAAGGUACAUGAGUUGAAUGGAAUGGAGGAGCAUCUCAACGAUCUCAAGGCACAAAAUGAGCUGUUGUUGGCUAAAGUACAGGCUUGUGCCGUGGAGCACAAGGAGAAGCAGCACAGCGGAGAAGCUCACAAAGACACCGCGCUUCAGGAGCGUAACAAAGAACUCUCGCAACAGCUUCUAAAGUCGCUCGAGGGCUACCGGUCUUUAAAGAGGAAGUUUAAAGACUCGCAGGAGGAUAUUAGGGAAUUGAGGACGACGAUGGAACAGCUAGGCAUGGAGAUCGAGAGCGGACUUAAUCUAGUGCACAGCUUCCGGCAACAUGUUGCGGCGAGAAGCGAACUUACCACGGAUAUCUGCGGGGAGAUAUCUGAAUUAGAGAAUUUGCUCCAACGCUUUGAGAUGAAGGUAUCAGAUCAUAGACAGAAGGAUAUUAAUGCUCCAAAACCAAAGGCCGAGAUCAAUACCAGCAAGCCUUUUCUUGUUGCCUGAGAAGAAAA